CAACCAUGAUAGUUUGCAACCAUGUGUGGAUUAUAUAAUGAUCUAAAGCCAGCCUACUUACUUACAAUUUACUCAGUCUAUCUACCUGCUUCAACCCAGAAGAAACUAACUACAGCACCAAAUCGCAACUUAAACUUUGAAGACAAAAUAAAAAAUAAAAAAAAUCCAAGCAUCGCCGGACUAUUUUCAUUGGGGAACAGGUCUAGCCGCGUCACAUUUCUGAAAUAUGAAUCUUAUAAUGAUUAUAAGACGGAAUUGAUUAUUAUCGAACAAUUACCCAACUUAUAUUCGAACGCGCCUGGAUGCUGUCUGUUUUGUAACAUGUUUUUUCUUUCUUUCUUGAACUAAAUACAAUAGACUACGACGGUUGUUUUUUUUUUUUUUUUUUUUUUUUUUUUAAUUUAAAACCAAUUGAUUAUUUUAACUGAUAUGCCUAUUGCUGUUAUUUGUAAUAAGAUAGUUUACCUCUAGCCUAUAUUGGUAUUGGUAUUUUUGUGUGUCGCUGAGUCGUUUGUUUGAAGUUCUAAGGUCUGAGUACCUUUUAGUUUGCUUAGUUUCACUUCAUGUUUACACGCAGUCGCGACUGAACUCAAAGGCUUUUUCUCGGAAACCUGAUCGUUUGAAAUGGACCCGAGUGGCCAGGUGGAGUUGGAUGAGUUCGCCGCGCCGGCCGUGGUGCAGGACAUACUGCGGUCAUACAAGCCGCGAGUCGAGGCUAUUUUCAGGGUAGUGUUUGAUAUUCUCGGGGUGCUUCCCACGGCAGGGGAGCCCUGCAAUUCACACAGCCUGGGCUGCACUGGAGAGGACCCGCAGACAUGGCUGCAGCUCCGAGGGAGACGGGUCGAUGUGGACUCAGCCAAGGUGUUUAUCAGGGGGCUGUGCUCCCAGGAGCUGCAGAUGGAGGUGCUGUACCCCCGGGACCUGCACUGCGUCUUCACUGGAGCCAAGCAGCUCUUCCUGGAGUGUCUGAUCAGAGGGAGCGGUGCAUUCAUCACGGUGGGGUCUCAAGGUCAUCUCCUCCUCUCAGGCCUCACUGAGCCGGUGGUUCUGGCCAGGAGCAGGAUUAUGGACCUGGUCGAGAAGUAUGAGCGCAACCAGCGCAUACCCGAACCACGUGAAGCGGCCACCAAGAGGAGAUUCAAAACGCUAGUGGAGAGCAGAGCGGGCAAGCAUGCCCUGGACCUGCUGCUGCUGCCCAGUGCCGUGAAGGAGGAGCUGCUGGAGCUGGCAUCAGAGAGCACGGAGCUGGGGAGCCCCAGACUGAAGCACAGAGCCUGCGCCCCCACAUUCAACACCCCCUCUGUGAUGCAGCAGGCUGAAGAAUCCACAGAACCCCAAUAUAAUCCCAAAUUAUACCCAAAGCUACCAAAAAUAGCCACAGAAUCCUUAGACCCCAUGUGUGAGGACCCUCAAAUGCCUCAGUUCGACCCUCAUCAACCCCAACUGUGCCAGGCCUUGAGGGAUAGCCUGCUCCUGAACCCUAAGCCUAACCCCCAAACGCCUCAGUUCGACCCUCAUCAGCCCCGACUGCGGCAGGCCUCGGGGGACAGCCUGCACCUCUCCUCCGGCACGGAGAAGGAGUUUCAUAUCCUGCUCAAGUUCUUCACCACCAUGGGCUACCAGGAGAAGGUGGUAGAGAAGGUUCUGGCUAAGUCUGGGCUGGGAGAAGCCUCUCAGAUUCUGGACAGGAUUCAACAGGAGCAGGAGGGCUGUGUCCUGGAGGAGAGGGGGGGAUCCGGGGAGGAGAGGGGGGGAGCCGGGGAGGAGGAGCCCAACUCGGGCAGCGACGACUUUGUCCUGGGGGUCAUCAAAUCAGCGGCCGCCCGCUGUGGCUACACGGAGGAGGAGGUGGUGGAGGUGUACAGGGAGGCAGGCGGGGCCUCCAUCCACGGGCUCCUGGCUCAGCUGCAAGCAGACAGGGAGGGGGAGACAGAGAGGUCCCAGUUCGAGGCGGGUGAGAGAGUGAAAGAAAACCACAGAGCAGCCGUGGAACCAGAGUGUGAGGCUAAACCCUACAAACUGGAAGAAUCUCAGGAGACAGUGCUGGGGGAGAGGGAAGUAGAAACCAUAUUGGAUCACUGCAGCAACCAGAUUAAGACGGCCUACCAACAAAUACCAACAGAAUUUCCUGCCCAGACCAGGCCCAAAAUGGACAGGCAUUCACCGCCAACUGUGAAAGGCCCCCCUUACAACUUCUACAACUCCGGGAAGCAAGACAGCCCUCUGCUGGACCCACAGAGGAAUCGUCCCGCAAGGGGGGGGAAGGCAGUGCGGGCUAAAGACAGGAAGAGAGCCCCUGAAAGGGAGGGGACAGUGGUGACGGGGGAGCAGCGCUAUCUCGAGGCUCUGCAGACGCCCUUCAAUCUCACGCUGACCAACACCCCCGGAGAGGAGAGCCUUCGACACAUCAUCAUCGACGGCAGCAACGUGGCCAUGACGCAUGGUCUGGGACAGUACUUCUCAUGUCGAGGGAUCGCUCUGGCAGUGCAGUACUUUUGGAAUAAAGGACAUAGAAACAUUACUGUCUUUGUACCCCAGUGGAGACAGAAGAGAGACACCAGAAUCAAAGAACAGAAGUAUCUGACAGAGCUGCAGAAUGUGGGUCUGCUGUCCUACACGCCAUCGAGAGAGGUGGAGGGGAAGAGGAUCACCGCAUAUGAUGACAGGUUCAUGCUGCAGUUAGCAGAGAAGGCAGGAGGAGUGAUCCUGACUAACGACAAUCUUCGAGACUUCAUCGACGAAUCACUGGCCUGGAGAAACCUGAUCAAGAAAAGUCUGCUUCAGUACACCUUUGCCGGUGACCUCUUCAUGGUACCAGAUGAUCCAUUGGGCAGAAGUGGACCUCAUCUGAAUGAAUUCCUGUCUAAAACACACAGAUCCCCAGCUGCAGGCAACCACACAUACGCAGGCAGAGUUCCAACAAACCCAAUCCCUACCCCUCCGCGAGCUCAAAGUGAGGUCCUGCAGUACCAAGACCGCACACUAAAGGGAGCUGCAGGAGUGCUGCAGUACCAGGACAGGCCAGCAGGUGUCAGCAGAGCAGAGCCAGGACUGCAGUACCGGGACAAGCCAGCAGGUGUCUCAGAGGGUCACACUGGGCAAAGGAGAGCACAGGAGACUGAAUGUUUGAAGAGACAGCUGCUGGAAGUCUUUUCUGAUCAAGAAAGUGCUGUGGAUAUCAUCUUGAACUGCAACCCGACCGUCCGCGAUGUGAACAAGCUUUCGGAAAUGAUACUCAGCUUCGAGAUGUGAUGAAGACGUGUUUCAUGUGUUUUUAUUUGAACUGUAGUGGGUUCUGAGCGGCUGGAGCCUGCUGCUGCUGCUUAGUUUAUCAUUCUGAGAUCUGCUCACAAUCCAAGAAGUGCUGACCAGACCACAAUCCCUUUAUAUGGUUACACUCCUGUUGUGGACCAGCUGUACAGAAGACAUGUUUGAGAGCUCUAUUGAAGCCACAGGUGGGCUUUAAACUUUCAAAAAGUCACCUGGAUGAAAAUACUGAAACUAAAAAUGAAAAUACAGCAGUGUUCAAAUGUAUUAGAACACCCCAUUGCUUCUGUUUCAGAACACCCCAUUGCUUCUGUUUCAGAACACCCCAUUGCUUCUGUUUCAGAACACCCCAUUGCUUCUGUUUCAGAACACCCCAUUGCUUCUGUUUUAGAACACCCCAUUGCUUCUGUUUCAGAACACCCCAUUGCUUCUGUUUUAGAAUACCCCAUUGCUUCUGUAGUUUUGAUUUUCAUGCAGGUAGGUAUGUAAGGAUAUACAUGGCAAAUCUUGAGGUGUUCGAAUACAUUCAGGGGCAGCAGUGUGGAGUAGUGGUUAGGGCUCUGGACUCUUGACCGGAGGGUUGUGGGUUCAAUCCCCAGUGGGGGACACUGCUGUUAUACCCUUGAGCAAGGUACUUUACCUAGAUUGCUCCAGUAAAAAACCCAACUGUAUAAAUGGGUAAUUGUAUGUAAAAAUAAUGUGAUAUCUGUAUAAUGUGAAAUCUUGUAACAACUGUAAGUCGCCCUGGAUAAGGGCGUGUGCUAAGAAAUAAAUAAUAAUAAUAAUAAUAAUACAUUCGUAAACUACUGUGCGAAGUAUAAACAAUAAGAAAACAUUAUUACAAUAACUUCAUAUGUGGUUAUUACUGAAGUUUUAAUGCCAUUUCAAUUGUUUCUGUGUUGAGGUGACAGAGUUCAGGAGCUGCUCUUCAGUUCUAGCUGUCUACCAGAGACACAUAUCCAACCCUAAUAUCUAUCUAUCUAUCAAUCAAUCAAUCUAUCUAUCUGUCUGUCUGUCUGUCUAUCUAUCUAUCUAUCU